AUGAUGGUAGCAUUUACGGGCAAAAUAUUAUCAUUGUUAUCAGUAAGUUUGCUAAUAUUAUUUCAAGAAACAAAUAGCGCAACAGUUACUAUGUUGGUCAAAUUAGGUAACACUGUGGAUAUUCAUUUUGGUGACAGUGUUAAAGAAGUUAAAACUGAAAAAAUGAUUGUAAAGGAUGAUAAAUUGACUGAUUUUGCGCGAGAGGAAUUUGGUGAUCGUAUCAAAUGGUAUAAUGGUAAAAUGACAAUCAAAAAUAUUAGAUCAUCCGAUUUAUUCACUUUUUUAUAUCAUUUAUAUGGUAAGCCAAUGGCUCUUUCGUUGGAAGAUGGAAGAUAA